AUGCCUUCUGAUAUUGAGAAUGUUAAUUAUCUAGCAGAAGAAAUUUUGGUAUUAAAGCAAAAAAGAUAUAAUAAGUAUAGAUUAUGCUCUUUACAUUUUGCUCCUAAUAAUUUCAUUGUCAAUGCUGUUGGCCGUGCACUUUGUGACAGUGCAAAGCCAACCAUAUUUGAAAAUAUACCAGAAUUUGAGCGAAAAGUGCCUAAAACAAAAACGACUAAAGCAAAAGUUUCAGAACCACAAUUAGACAACAGAGCAUUAUCAUCUGAAUCAUCUGUAACUUUAGAGUCUAGUGGUCAAACUUCUUCGGUUUCAUACCAUGAAAUUCAACAUGUUACAGACAAUGUUGAAACUCCAACUACCAAAUUCAUGGACGCUUGCACUCAGACAGAUUUUGAUCUGACCAAUUCUAUACUUAUUGGUAUUGACCGAAAUGUUGUGCUUACGGAAGAACAGUCCCCUGUACGUCCGUUUACCAAUAUAGUUAUAGAAUCUACACCUUUGCCGGAGUGUUCCAACACUGUAAAUCAACCAAAAAAUAUAAUUCCAUUUGGUAAUAUUCUUUCUCCAAUUUGUGGGAAAAAUGACCACAAUUUGGUGCAACAAGAACAGGUGGGUAACCGUGAUGAUGAUAAUGUUAGUGGAAUAUUUCCAUUGACAGCUGAAAUGGAUGAGUCGGAUAAAGAGUACACUACUUCUGAUGUAGACGGAGGCGAAGUUCUUGAUUGUAGGGAUACCUCGUACGACCCUUUGAUGGUUAGCCACUGUUCCUCUGAUUUGUUAGCAUUACAGUCCUUUGAUGAAACUGAUAAUGAAUCUCCCUUUCAUGAACAACAUGUUGAAGACAUGGUUAAUGAACCUAAACUCAUAAUUAACGAAAGUUGCCUAGAUAUCCUCUUACGGCAGGUGAAGUGUCAGUAUCCCGAAGGUUGCAAUCUGACCGUCAAUUCAUUUUCCAAACAAAGACAGGGUAGUGCUUUAAUAGUUCGCGGGAGUUGCAGGAAAGGGCACCAGUCUUUAUUAUGGAAUACCCAACCAAAAAUUGGUCGUUUUUGGAGCGGGAAUGUCCUUUUGGCAGCAUCAAUCUUGUGCAGUGGAUUAAACUUUCAAAAGGUGGACGAGUUGUUUAAUAUUUUUGGUUUGACAACAUUUUCAGAGACAACCUUCUAUAGAUAUCAAACGAGAUUUAUUUUCCCUGCAAUCGAUAUUGCCUGGCAGCAACAAAAGACAAAAUUUCAAGAAGAAAUGCAUACUUUUCCAAUGUGUUUAGCUGGAGAUGGCCAAUGUGAUAGUCCUGGUCACUCAGCUAAAUAUUGUAUUUAUACUGUUAUGGAACUGUAUAGUGAAAAAAUUAUCGAUUUUGAAGUUGUUCAUCGCAGCCAGUGCAAUUCUUCGGUUGCAAUGGAGAAGUUCGGUUUUAAAACAGUUAUGGAAAGAGUGAUUUCCAAUGGCUUUGACGUUUGUGUCUUUGUCUCUGAUCGACAUGUCAGUAUACAAAAGGUGAUGCGUGAGUUGUACCCUGACAUAGAUCAUCAGUUUGAUAUUUGGCAUUACGCAAAGUCAAUAAAGAAAAAGUUGAUAAAGGCAAGUAACGGAAGAGCUGGACAGGAACUCAAACCAUGGAUUGAUAAAAUUGUAAACCAUUUCUGGUGGACCGUGAAAACUUGUGAUCACAACGAACUUUUCUUCAGGGAACGUUGUAAUUCUGUUCUCCAUCAUAUAGUCAACAAGCAUGAGUGGGAGGAUGGAGAACACUAUAAAAAAUGUUCCCAUGCAGAAUUAGAAAUUCAAAACAGUUCUGUUUUAUGGUUAAAAAAGGAAAGCAAUGCUUUUCACAAAUUAGAAGAGAUUGUUCGAAAUAAACAGUUUAACAGUGAUGUUCCCCACUUGAUCCGUAAUUGCCACACCGGACCAUUAGAAGCCUUCCAUAGUCUAGUAUUAAAAUAUCGUACUAAAAGGAUACAUUUUGGUAUUGACGGCAUGGAAGCACGAACAAAACUAGCCAUCCUGGCACAUAAUAAUAAUAUAGGAAGAGAUCAAGCUGUUGUUCAUGUACCAACAUCUGUCUCCGCACCCAUCGGUACCAAGCGAACAAAAUUAAUUUUGCCAAAGGGAAGAAAACGCUGGACGGUGAAAAACGUCUAUGAACCGAUGAGUGUACAACAUGUCGAGAAUAUUUUAGUCGACUGUUUGAAAAUAGCCUUGGGAGACAUAACUCCAGAAUGGAACAGUCGAACACCCGAUCUUCCGCCUAACAUAGCAAAUGUUGAGCGCCCAAAAAAAGCUGAUAUUGUACGUCAACAUUGGUCUAGAUUUGGCAAAAAAUAAAUAAUUUAAAAUCCAUAAAAACCAAAAAUUAAUCAUUUUUAAAUUAAGUUCCAAAAUUUUGUUUAGCUCAUCCGUUACUUUCCGGUUUAGUUACGUUUACUAGUUAUUCUUGUUAUUAAUUUUCACUAUUUGAAAAGUUAUUUUAUAUGUGCAGCUCAACAAUGAAGUAGAGGAUAUGCGGUAUCAACUCGACAUCAACUAUUUAUAAGACUUUUUUGAACAGGUGGACAGCCGGCGCGUGGUAGGAAAGCUCUCUAGCCGUGGAGUGUGAUUUGUAUCAGCGUCUCCACGGUGGAGAACCAGUACCACCCCAUUCUUGACACGACCUGGACUCAAGACAGCGGACAACAUGUCAGCGCACAGCGGUGUGAAGAGCCCCAACCUUGCCGAGACCUCUGAUGCUUCGGUUGUGUUUUUUAAUAAGUAUAUUUUUUUCCUGGACCUUUCCAGACUUUUUUGAACAGGUGGACAGCCGGCGCGUGGUAGGAAAGCUCUCUAGCCGUGGAGUGUGAUUUGUAUCAGCGUCUCCACGGUGGAGAACCAGUACCACCCCAUUCUUGACACGACCUGGACUCAAGACAGCGGACAACAUGUCAGCGCACAGCGGUGUGAAGAGCCCCAACCUUGCAGAGACCUCUGAUGCUUUUUUUACAACUUGCAUUUGCUGUAACCAU